AUGGCUAAGGAGGCGAGUGGAAACGUCUACUUCGAUGUGUAUGCAAACGAAGAGAGCCUCGGGAGGAUAGUGAUGAAGCUUGAAGACGACAUCGUUCCGAAGACAGCAAAGAACUUCAGGACUCUUUGCGAAAGACCCAAGGGGGAGGGAUACAAGGGAUCCACCUUCCAUAGAAUAAUUCCUGGGUUCAUGGUCCAGGGUGGAGAUUACACCGCGCACAACGGAACUGGGGGGAGAAGUAUCUAUGGAGAAAAGUUUCCCGACGAGAACUUUGAGCUGAAACACACAAAGGAGGGGAUCCUCUCUAUGGCAAACUGCGGGGCCCACACAAACGGGUCUCAAUUCUUCAUAACCCUUGGAAAGACCCAAUGGCUCGAUGAAAAACACGUUGUCUUUGGGGAGGUGGUUGAGGGCAUGGACGUUGUCCACAAGAUAGCUAAAUAUGGAUCCGAAAGCGGCCAGGUCAAGAAAGGGUAUAGGAUUGAAAUCAGGGAUUGUGGGGUCCUCGGAAGUAAUUAA